GAGCUGUAUACAAGUCACCAAGUGCACACUCAUUAACAGCCGAAAGUCAUCGCGUCGAUUCCGCAUGACGGGCACGCAUCCAACACCCCUGACCCCCGAAGAGCUCCGCGAGCAUGAGUUCGCGCGCGAGGUCCGCGACGCACAAAGUCUAGUCGAAUUCACCGGCGUCACGAUAAACGAGGCGUUGCGCGCCUUGCGGGCAUGCGGCGGGGACCUCGAGAAGGCUGGGAAUCUUCUUCUCUUGUCCGCUCCGGACGAAACUUCCGCCGAAUCCCCAAGCUCCGAAGAAGAAGAGAGUACGAAGUCCAUCCGGUCUUAUUUCGCGCAUCUGUUCCCGCCGACCAACACGGGACCUGGGGAUAUGCCUGGAAUGAAGGGAGGGUCGCUCAUCCAGCUUGACUCCAGAGAAGAGAAUGAUUCCGAUCCUGAUGGCCUGGAAUCGGCUUCUGUCCGUGCGACCAGCAGGGCGUCCUCUCCAGGAGAUUAUGCGGCUCGUCCGACGGAGUGCGAGACCGAGCUUGAUGAUAUGGCUGAGUCUGAGAGAGAAGCUGGGAGCCCUGCGCGCUCACCCGUCCUCCAGAGCAUCAUCCUCGCCCUUUUCCACAUUCCGCAAGUCCGGCAAAAACUAUCCGAGCUCGGCAUCUCACCUGAAGCGCCCAAUUCAGGAAGUCACGAAUACGCGACUUGGAAACUGGUCGAAAUGUUCGCCUGUCUCGACCUGGCUAGAAUAUCGUUCUUUGUUGAUUCUGAGCUCCUUGAUGCGUGGAAUGCCGUCCCCUGCGAAAGAAACGGACCCACCAUCCCGGCCCUCCCGCGCACUCGGCUUUUCGGCUCUGAAUGGCAACGAAUCUUGAUUACAGCCUCCGGCAUACCCCAAACUGGCCCCUCCCUUCUGGGGUACAUCAUCCCGCUGCCUUCCUCGGGGGUACACGACUCCGGCGACCUUGUCAAGCAACUGUCUGCGACACUUCACCAGUUCCGCGGGGACAAAUCCUCAGACCACCAGGUCAUCACGGAGCCUUCGGAAAUCAUGGUGUUCCAGAUCUCGGCUGCGAUCCACCAUCUUCCCACCACCAUAUACCUGGAUGAGUUCCUUGUGGAGAAUUUGUCAUUGGCCAACGAGACAAAGCGCGCAACCAAACAUGUGCAGAAGGAGAUCGCGGACAUUGAGAGAGAACGGGAGAAGUUCAUGCUAUUUGAGGGAGAAAAUCCGCUCGAGAUGCUCCGUCAGGUCAUCUCCGAGUACGAACAUCCGAAUGUACUGAAGCCACGCAGCGAAGCCGAUGCACGGCGCAUGGAAGAACUUGCUCUGAGCCUGCGCCAGGCUUUGCAGAGACUCGAAGUCCACGUCGAGUCUCUUGACGAGAAGUCGCUGGCACUGCGAAAGGAUUUGGACGCAAUCACGAACGAGGAGGAUCUCAAGAUGACGCCGUACGAUCUGCGAGCAUCCUUGGUGACGGACGGGGAGCACGGUCCGCGUCACACUUACUCGUACGUGCGGGCAGAGUCGAAAUGGUGGAAAGUGCUCGAUGGGGAGGUCAUUGAGGUGCCGGAAGAUCUCGUACUGUUGGAUUCCCCCUAUCUCGUGUUUUACAGCCAGCGACAGCCUGACACUGCUUCGGCACCGAACACCUGGCCUUCAUUUCUCGUAGAGGAAAUCGAACGCAGCUCGCAAAUGUUCCUAGAGACUCUUCGGAAAGAGAGCUCCCGACACACGAUUGGGGCUCCAUAAUUCAUUUAUGCUGUGAAUAAUUCAUUUUGGUACAAAUCUAUUAACUUUGAGUGACUGUGAAAA